UAGGAGCAAGUGAAGCGGGGAGGUCUUCGUUGACAUCCCAGCUUGCACAAGGGAAAUUUUGGUCAUUUCAAUGGUUGGAUGAAGGAUUACUUGGUAAUUUCGUAGCUAUUCUCCUGGGCGGUCGCUGCUUUUACUUUUGCUUUAUCCGUUAGCUGCUGCUCUCUGUUUUCGUUUGGAUUGCUUUAGCUUUUUGUCUGCGAAUUUCGGACUUUGGUUGCGGUGUCCACUGGUUUGAAAGAUCUUCUUUUGAUAUUUUGCUUGGUUUUGCUAUCGGGUUUCUCUGAAGAACACAACGUCUGCUAAUCAGGGGUUAUAGUGACUGCUGCUCCGAUAAUUUCAAGGCAAUAUUUCUAAUUUAUGUGAAUGACGGAAUACUUCAUCAUUUCUUUCAACUCCUCUAAAGUGCAGUAAGAAUCGAUUUCAAUCUAUUAUUUAAAUACCACAUCCGGACAUGCAUUAGAGGUAUUUGAUAAAUUGUCCGAAAGAAACUACGGAUGUUUGUGGACUGUCUUAAUUUGAUUUUGACUCAGUAAAUUAAGCUUCAAAUAUGAUGUUUAUUUCACUGACCUUCUUUGUUUUUUCUUUUCCUUCAUGGGUUACAAAAAGCAUGAAUUUGUAUAAAAAAUUCAUGUCUAAUUUCCUAUUUCUCGCGAUAGCUCUGCUCUUUUGCGGUUUAUGAUAGUUUAACUUGGUAUGUCAAUCACUGAUUAAUUAUGUCAAUCACUGAUUAAUAUGAAUUUUCAGUUCCUCCCGCAUUAAUUUUUAUUGGUAGUCUCUGUGGAUAUUUUUUUGUUUAUUUAAUAUCACUUUGUUUUGCUUCCUUCCUUACGCCAUUUCUAGGAAUUUUGCUUCAAUAAGGAAAAACUGUCGGAAUUAACUUUUUUUAUUUGACUUUCUUCAAAUGCUUAAUUGAUUUAUUUGUCCAAAGUAGGAUUGUCAUUCUAUUCAUUUUGUUCUUCCAAAUACUUAGAUUGAUUCCUAUUCUUCUACUCUCUUUUCAUUCGAGGGUAGCGGAGGAAUUCAUUGUUGUUUUGAAAUUAUGGAGCUACGUCUCAACUCCUGUUAUAAUUCAUUUUGUGAUUCUUCUAUACUCAGUCAAAUGAAUAAUCGCCAAGGUGGUCUGUUCUGUGUAGAUCAAAAUGAUAUACGAAAAGUACCUAUAAUAUUCAUUCAUGAUUCAUGGUGCUAAUUCAUGAAGCUGAUGCUUCCCAUGAAAUUUGCAAUGGAAGACAUAGACUAACAAAAUUUUUGGCUAUUUUUUGCUUAAGUUGUUGGGUAAGCUGCUAUAUAGGUUGAUUCUUCCUUUAAAUAUUAGAAUAAUAAUAUAACCUUUUUGUUAUAAAAGAAAUUUUGUGUUAGAGUCCAUCUUCAAAAAAAUCCCAAACGAAAUAAAUAUCAUAUUUAAAGGGGCGGAAUUUCAGAAUGACUACAUAUGGAGCGCGUGAAGUGUAGAUAUAUAAUGUUAUAGAUGGGCCCCGAUAAUGACAGAGAUAUAGUUGGCAACUCUUGCGUUUUUGAAGUUGGGUCAACAUCAGGAACGUGCAACGAACAAUAUAACAUUACGUCGCGUACUGCGACAAAGAAAGGUCGUAAAUCUAGAAAAUUUGGUUGCUGGAACAUUAAUGAAUUUCCUAAUAGUUCUUUUACACUCAAACAUGUAUCAAACUGUCAAUUUUGUAGAGCCAAAAGAUUUGAAUAUGAACUACCAAGAUUUUGUUGUGACAAUGGUUCAGUGAAACUGAUUCACUAUGGACUGCCUACUGAAUUGCUAAAUCUUUAUUUAAGAAACUCUGAGGAAUCUGAACAUUUUCGCACUUAUGUUAGAAUGUAUAACAAUAUGUUCGCAUUUACUUCUCUUCGAGUGAAAUAUGACAGAGAUUUAGCGAAAAGAAAUCGUGGUAUUUAUACAUUUAGAGUUCAGAAAAAAAUGUAUCAUUUUAUAGAUGACUUGUGCCAUCGAGUCAACCGGCUAAAAAUCUACAGCUGUAUUUCUACAAUACAAAUAAUGAGGUAGCAAAUCGGAUGGCAUUCUCUGACAAGCUUAAUGAAUCGGUUAUCAGAACUUUGAUGGACACAUUAAA